AUGGCAAGAACUAAUCAGAGUCACGGCCAGAGGCCAAAGAAGAUAUACGACAGAGAGACAAAGUCGAGUGAUAUAAAAAGGUCUCUGACACACAAAUCGAACCUACGAAAGAACUACUUUAAACUUCUCGAAAGGGAAGGAGAACAGUUACCUGAAAGAGACCAAGAGCAGGCAAGCGAAAGUAAGCCUACUUUGACAUACCAAGAACGUGCCAAGUUGGCCCGUGAGCGCAAAGAAAGGAAGCGUCAGGACAAAAUUGAAACUACAAAGAGAAACCUCCAGGAUGCGAAGAGGAAGAGGAUAGAAAGGGAACAGAAAAAGGAGAAACUCUUGAAGGCAAAGACUAAGACCGGGCAGCCUCUAAUGGGACCCAGGAUAUCGAAUCUACUAGAGAAGAUCAAGAAGGAUCUCUAA